AUGGUGGAGAAGAAGAAAAUCUUGAAUGAGUUAUGGUCAGAAAUCUACAAUUGUGUAAGUGAGGCUGAGCAGAAUGAAGAAGAUCUUGCUGAACUCUUUAAAAACCUUCGGACCUUGAGAUUGGACAUGGAAGCCAAAAAGAGUGCAAAUAACACUUGUAGCAAAGCACAAGACAUAGAGCUCCUAAUUGGAUUUGUGGCUCCUAGUGAGACAACCAUCAAGCCCCCUAAGAUAUCAAGUAACAAGGGAAGUGACACUAGAAGUGCAAAAGGGAUAAAGGAUCCGAGGGAGAAGGCAAUUGAGCAACAUCAAAAGAAAAAGAGGCUGUGCAACGCUUGUGGAGAGCUUGGAUACCAUGACCUUCGAAAUUUCCCGUCAAAGAUACAUUCAUGA